CGCCAAAGCCUCAAAACGGUGAGUUGAACCGCCCCAGUAGACGACUCCCAAAAUCCCCAAAUUGUCAAAUUAGGGUUUCUUUCUUCAGUUUCAAAAUUCCAAUCCGAAGGCCAACAACAAACAAUGGUGUGCGAAAAGUGCGAGAAGAAGCUUGCGAAGGUUAUAGUGCCGGACAAGUGGAAGGAGGGUGCCAGUAACACCACCGAAGGCGGCGGCCGGAAAAUCAACGAGAAUAAGCUUUUAUCCAAGAAGAAAAGGUGGAGUCCGUAUGGAACUACUGGAAAUACCAAGUGCAUUAUUUGCAAGCAGCAAGUACACCAAGAAGGAAAAUACUGUCACACCUGUGCUUACUCAAAAGGAGUUUGUGCAAUGUGCGGUAAACAAGUACUCGACACCAAGGUUUAUAAACAAAGCAAUGUAUAAUACAAACAAUAUGUUGGUUGACUCUGUAUGCACCAUGAUUCAUAGCCGAGUUGUCUAUUUGAUAUGGCACUGGCAUAUGUUAUUCAGAAUUUAAUGUAACCAUCAGUUAUGACA